AAGAGGUAUAGUAGCAGAUGGAAAGUUGUUUGCUUUAUUUUAGUUUUAAGGUUGAGUUUAUUUUUAAAAAAUAAAAGUUUGGUUUAUUAAAACAAAUUAUGUCAAUCGAAAUGAUACUUAGAAUUAGAAAUUUUCGAAAGAUUUAAAAUGUUGAAUUUUUUAUUAUUACCAUCCAAAAAAAAAAUUUUAAAACCCUUAACAGCCAAAGUUCAUCAGCUUAUUAAAGAAUUUUUACCUCCACUUAGUUCAUUAGAUAAUUAUGAUUUCACAGCAAUUGAAAAUAAUAUUAAAUUACGAAAAACAACAGGAGACUUGGAAUUAAUAAAAUCUUUGUUAAAGAAACUACAAAAUGCUGACGAAGGUGAAAAAGAGAGGCUGAUGCUAGAAUUGAAGUCAGAAUUAUGGAAAUUACCGAACCAAACUCAUGCAGAUUGCCUUAACUACAAAAAUGAACCAAAGGAAAUAGCCCAAUUUAACAAAAUGCCUAAUGAAGAAGUAAUUAAAACUAAAGAAUUCUCAGAGAUCGCGAAGAAAAUGAGAAUUUUAAGAACGGAACACUUGGGAAAUUUUACAGGUCAUAAAAGUUAUUACCUUAUAGAUUCUUUAGCUGAAAUAGAACACGCUUUAAUUCGAUUCGCUACAAAUUACCUUAAGAGUAAAAAUUUUAAUAUAAUAUCUGUGCCAGAUGUUUUGCCAUCACAUAUCAUUGAGGGUUGCGGAAUGCAAACAGUUGGAAAAAGAACCCAAGUGUACAGGUUGAAUUCAUUGGAGAAAUGCUUAUCAGGAACAUCUGAAAUGGCUUUGGCAGGAUAUUUUAAAGAUAAAAUAUUGAAAGAGGAAGAUUUACCAAUUAAAUUGGCCUCAGUAAGUAGGUGCUUUCGAGCUGAAACAUCUGGCCUUCAAGAAGAGAAAGGAAUUUAUAGGGUUCAUCAAUUCACUAAAGUGGAAAUGUUUUCAGUUUGUUCCAAAGAUCAAUCCGAUAAUAUUUUAAAUUUAUUCAAAAAUAUUCAAAUUGAAUUAUUCGCUAAAUUAGGUAUUCACUUCAAAUUAUUAGACAUGCCCCCUAGUGAACUUGGUGCUCCAGCAUAUAGAAAAUAUGACAUUGAAGCUUGGUUGCCUGGGCGAAAAAUAUGGGGGGAGAUUUCUAGUUGUAGUAAUUGUACUGAUUACCAAGCCAAAAGACUUGGAAUUCAUUACAAAAGAAAAGAUAAUACAUUAGAAUACGUUCACACAGUUAAUGGUACAGCAUGUGCUGUUCCGAGAUUAUUGAUCGCCUUGUUAGAGACUCAUCAAAACAAAGAAGGAAGCGUCCAAAUUCCGAAGGAGUUGCAGAUAUAUUUAAAUAAAAAUGAAAUAUGUAAGAAUUUGAAGGUUCCUGAAUUAAAACUAGUUAAACAAAUCGAUUGGCCUAACACAAGCUAAACAGAGUUUAUAAAAAAAAUCGUCAUGAUGCAAAUUUCUAUUCUUGGUUCGUUCAAAAAAUGUGACAUCCGAAAAAUAAAUGAAGAACAAAACUUUUUUACAUUCUGCAAAAUAAUAUGUGUAAGAAUUUCUAAUCAAUAUUUUUGCACAUAAUAUAUAAUUAAAUAAAAAUUUAAUUUGAAAUUUUGGUAAUUUAAUUUUCGUAUCAAAAAGACAAGAUCUUUUAUCAUUAAGUUGUGCCUUAAUGAUCAAACCAAAAUAUUAUUUCUGGGAACAACAUUAUUCUGGGAACAAUAUUAUUUCUCGGAACAAUAAUAAGGUCCUUCCGAAUCAAACAUUGUUGGUGACUGAAAAAAUAUUAAUCGUCUACAAAACUUUAGCGAAUGUAUUAAAUAAAACGUCAUUAGUUUUAUUAUAUAUUUAUCUAGAUUCUAGAUGAUUUCAGAUAUAACUCACAGCAAAAACUGUUUUCUUCAUAAUAUUUUGUUUGCUUAGGAAUGUAAUUAAACACCUACAUUCAAACUACCUUGGCUUUGUACGGUUAAGUUCAAGGUUUUUAAUUAUUUAUAACAUUUUCGUAUUAUUUAAUUAUUUAUGUAAUACUUACCCUGACAAUGUAAAA